CGAGUUACUGGUAUCAAACUAUAGGCUUAAACCACAAGGAUGGAGAACCGUUGACCAUUCAAAAACUUCCACAUACUAACGCCAUAUUCUAAGCUUGAAACAAAUUCUAUAAUAUAUGUUGUGCCUUCACAUGGAGGACUACCUCAAAACCCUAUCUUUCGUUGAUUUAAACCUCACCCCAAGUCUGCUUCUAUCUCAUGUUACCGUUGACUUUGAAAUCUCUAUCACCGGCCCCCAAAUAACAACUGCCUCUUCCCCAUAGCUAUGGCUGAUCUUCAAACCCCUUCAAUCACCCUCUGCUCAGAUUUUCCGGGGCCAUGAAUGGGACAGCGGACUCCGGUGGCUUUCUGGGGUCCAACAACAUUGGUGGCUUGGGAUAUGGGAUCGGAGUAUCUGUGGGGAUACUCUUACUCAUCACCACCAUCACCUUGGCCUCAUACUUCUGCACCCGCCCCCAGCAGGUGCCUGCUGCCGCCUAUGGUGGUGGUGGUGGUCUACGUGAACAACAGCCUGUGGUGGAAGAGUUUGUGGUGGAUGUGGGGCUUGAUGAAGCCACCAUCUUGAGCUACCCCAAGAUGGUGUACUCUGAAGCUAAGCUGCAGCACAAGGACUCAACAGCGGCCUGCUGCUCCAUUUGCUUGGCGGAUUACAAAGGCAGUGACAUGCUCAGGCUGUUGCCUGACUGUGGACACCUCUUCCACCUCAAGUGUGUCGAUCCAUGGCUGAGGCUGCACCCAACCUGCCCCGUUUGCAGAACAUCUCCCAUGCCAACUCCCCUGUCUACUCCACUGGCUGAGGUGGUGCCCCUGGCAACCAGGAGAGAUUGAUUCAUGAAGAAACAGAGUAAUUAUCGAACAUGGGGCGUUUUUCUUUUUCCUUUUGCUGAUCAUCUGUGCAACGUAGAAUAUUUCUCAUCAUGUUAUUCUAUAGAGAAAUUUCUUGGGUUCUUUGAAUACAUGUACUUUCGGAUCAAAAUCUGGUGUCAUGCAGUCAUCAAAUUGCAGGAAAUUGAAAAACCCACAAAUUCUUGAA